GGAAAUAUGGUGCUGGGCAUGAACUGCUUCGGCGCUCCUGAAGCCGCAAGCAAGGUGUCGCCGGCGGGCAGGCGGCUCGGAGGAGAGGGAGCAGAGGCCGUGGAGCAGAAGGCGGCGGUGAAAGAGGCGGCGCCGAGUGGCCACGUUGUCGGCGAGGCCAAGCAGAUGGGAGGUGUUGAUCAUCAGGUGAAGGCGGCGGGGAAAGAGGAGAAGAAGAAGAGGAGCGGGGCUCCGAUAGUGAUGCAUCACUUUCCCUUCCAUUCUCGUCCCGGGUUGCUCUGAUUUCAACCUCCUACUAGUGUGGUCACUGCAAUUUUGAUGAAGCUGUUGUCGGCAUUCUGCCAGAGAGUUCGCCUGCUUUGUGAGGGCUAGAUUAUUUGAUGAGCAUUGUAGUUUUUUCUUAGAAUUCGUAUCUUUGUACUCCCUCCGUCCCAAAUUUCUGCGACGAGUAAUUCGAGUCGACACGGAGGGAGUAUGUGUUAAUAUAAUGCCAUAAAUGUUCAUUUCGGAAUA